AUGGCCGAUUUUAUUGACGAUGUACAAGGAACUACCAAUAAUGCAAAUACCUAUACUGAGUAUGAUGAAGGUCGUGAAACUGAUGACCACACAUAUCCCUGCAAUAAUACUAGCGCUAAUUUUAUUGAAAAGUCGUUCGCUAAAGACCUCUACAAUUAUUGGAUACCUUCUGGUAUCAUGGCAGAAUUUACCACAAGCAUUUACAAAGGAAACACCUUAUUACCAGAGGAACGUCAGACUUUAUUACAAUCUUAUCCAUGA